AUGUCAGGCACAAUACGCCCGAAUGACAUGAAUGUUGCGACGACCCCGACACUCUCGUCCAGCAGCCUGCCCAACCUGACGUCGCUCCAGACAGACGUCACCAAGAAACCCAGCAUCCCACGAAGCCCACGCAUAGAUGUCGAGCCCCUAUAUACAGCCGUGAAGAGCUCCAUAAGUGACGCUGACUGGAUCGUCUACAAAAAAACCCUGUCCUUCUUUCUCCUCGGCAACCUCAACCAAGAAGAGCUCACCCAGAAGCUGUCGAGGAUCCUUACCACACCCGCCCUCGAGCACGCACACAAUGCCCUUGUCACAGCCAUCUACGCCAACAUAUGGCGCGACCCCCCAGAAGCGGGCAUCGCCAGCUGGGUCAGCAGUAGCGACAAGCCCACGAGCGGGACGGUCAAGGGAACAGGGGAUGAGAGCGAGAAGCGACUGAAACACGAAGUCAUGCAGCUGAGCCGCAGAGAGAGAAAACGGCUAAAGGGUAUACCAGCAGGAGAGAGCCCGCUGAGCAUAGGAUCCGAGUGUCUGAGUACAGGUACCACUGGGUCGGUGCAGGAGUAUGUCGAUGCGAGACGGGCCAAGCAGCUGGACAUUGGGCCGAGCAGCAAUCAAGGCGGUGGAUUUGGAAAGACAAACUGGGAACUCGAAAUCCGCAAGCGCUACACUUCGGCCCUCUACGUGGAGACCCACGAAUUUCCCACCGCAACGACGAUAUCCUAUCGCCUCCUUCCCAUCUGCUACGAAUACGGACUGCCACAAGGCCACACGCCCGACUGCCCUGAUUACCUCAACCUGGCUACCGAAACGUACAUCAAGGAGGCGCUGGCAAACUUGCUGGGCAAAGUAUGCAGCAACGGCCCAGGCUACGUGCGGACGGGCGAGUUUAAGAAGAAGCAAGCCAAAGAGGAGCGAUUAGCAGAAAAGGGCGAGCUCAUGAGAGGAAGCGCCGGCGAACUCCCCGUCGAAGCUGAAGAGCGCCGGAAGCGAAGACCGCUCUGCAUGGAAGACCUGCGUCUUGCACUUGAACUCGGCGACUGCUACCUCGGGCAAACACCGCUGAUUGCCGGAUCCAUCCUCAACUCCCGCUUCCUGGAUACCGAAGGCAUCGAGGAGAUAUACGACAACAACGCUUCCAAGCCCCUGAUGCACGGCUCCCUCACCAAUGGCGUGCACAGUGCUACGCACGACGCCAAGGCUCCGCUCAAUGGCGAAACAUGGACAAUCGACUUUGGAGACGCCAUGCAGAUUGACGACGAGGUCGACAUGUACUGGCAGGGAGGCAGCGUGCAAGACAUGCAGGAGAUGGACGAUACGCUCGACGACAUCCUCAACCUGGGUGAACUUUAG